AUGUCAUUGUCAGACCCUGAUCCUUGGUGCUUCCGGCCUGCUCAUCCGGUUCAACAGCGCAGCCAAAGCUCAAGAAGACCAAGGACUUUUGCCGCACAUACGUCAACUUUACCCUCAAACACACCCUCGUCUUCUUCAGGGUCCCCUUCUCGAACGGUAAACACCAGCCCAUCACUACUUACUCAACAGCUCGGUAUGUGUGACGCUUCGAGUGCACAUCAGCCGCCACCACCUCAAUACUUUCCCAUGAUUGCCGAAGUCCUCGAGUCCUGCGCCAGUCCAUACCAGAGGAAGGAGAUAUUCGUCCACGAGUUGCAACGGCUGCAACGGUAUCCCAUCAAACAGAGCGACAGGGACACUUCUACUCCAGAAUGGAUCAGCCAGUUGAAGCGAGUCAUUUGGGACCAAGAAAUGGAAAUUGCAAGAACCGAGAGGGCACCGGAACAGGGUCACAUAGCCGGUGCACCUCAGCCACCACCUCGAUAUGUCCCUAUGAUCACUGACAUAUUCAAUGCCUUCCCCGAUCCACGCCAAAGGAAGGAGAUAUUUCUCAACGACUUGCGACGGCUGGAGCGGUAUCCCAUCCGGCAGAACGAAAGAGACGGUACGACCGCACAGUGGAUCAGCCAGUUAAAACAAGUCAUUCAGGAACAGGAAAUAGAGAUGCAAAAAAUGGACAUGAUUCCAGAGGAAGAUAAACAGAUGGCAGUGGCUUUCGCUCAGAAGAUGGCGAUAUCCUCCCCAGCUGCGGACAUGGGUACUGGUGGCGCUGGCAGUGCCGCCACAGCCAGCAGCCAGAACACAUCUGCAGUAAGAGCCUUGCUUGGCUUUGGUGGCUCAUGUGAUGUCGGAAGGGAAGUUGAAAGACCCGCAAUCGGGAGGAUGGCAAACAUCGCUACCACACGAACUGACAGUGCUAGUAGUGGUGAUGCUGCAAGGCCACCUGCUGGUCCUUCCAUCAACCGAAUUAUUCCAAGUGCCAGUUCCGGGAGACCUCCUCGCGUUCCCUCGAUCGAAAAAGACCCCCGUAGAAAUCACAGUGCCGAGCUAGGAGCCGCCCGCUCAUCUAGUGGGAGGCUCUCCACCGGUAAGAGGUGCCUUGACGAGCAGGCGGUUGGCCCAUCCACUGGUAGAAAUAUCAGAAGGGACGAGACCGCUGGUGCUACAAAUAGAAGUACCCAACCCGUCAGCGAGAAUGACGUGAGGCGGGCUAUGUGCUUCCGGACAGAUCAGGAGAGGGUGGCUCUCCGUACGCCAAGUCAGAGUGGAUUUGGCAGCAGGAACGAGGAGGGUAGUAGGCCGGUUGAUGAAAGGCCGUUUAGUAGUGCUCCUCGUCAGAGGCUUAACACUCCCAGACUAUCGGCUCGGAAGAUGAAGAGGAAAUCUCAGUGA